GAUGCUUAUUAUCAAAGGUAUCAGAACAGAACUAAAAAUCUUCAAUAUGGAUUGCGAAUUUUGUGAAUUUAUCCUGCAAUUUUUCAGGAUUUAUCCGAAAAAUUUUGCGCACUUUUCAGUAAAUGAAAGACUUUUUUGUUGAUCAAAUUUUCACGCGUUGAUCAGCCAAUGAAAACAUCAAAUAAAUCGAAUAUUUGCCGUUUAUGUGCCGUAUAUUUUGAGAACGGUUCAUCAUUUUUUGAGUUAAAUGAAGACAAAGAAAUUUAUUCUCUAAUUCACGAAUAUCUACCUGUUACAAUACCUAAAGAGGAAAAAUUACCAACAAAAAUAUGUGUCAACUGUAAAGCUAAUUUUCAAAACGUCGUCAAGUUUUUCAUCUCCGUCAUCAAUGGACAAAAAAUAUUGCUCAGAAAGUUACAGACCCAACAGUACGUUCAAAAUGAUUUGAUCUUGGAUGCUUCUAAAGAUGAAGCUGCAACGAUUGCAGCUGAUGAUGAAAUUAAAGAAAAUUUGAAGAGAAUCGUCAAUGCGACAGUUUGCAGAGAACAGAUCGGUUACAAACAUUUUGAAGAGCGAUCCAAAGUACAAGUUUCUCCAAGCUAUGUUGAAGUCAAUGAUCCCGAUCCCACCGAAAAAGAUUUCAAAUAUCCCAAAAAUGGAAGAAAGUAUUACACCAAAGAGAUCAAUAAAGGAGGAAAAUCUCAGAUUAAUAUCGAUCCUGAAGAUGAACAUUCGAUUAGUAAAAUUUUCAUUUGCGACAUCUGUGGUAAAAAAUUCUCUCACCGGAGCUCCGUACUGUAUCAUUUCCAUUCGAAACAUGGAGAAAAUAAAUUAUACAAUUGCAGCGAGUGCAAUAAAAAAUUCAGUUCGAAUAGGCUUCUCAAGAGGCAUUUCAAAAGAAUUCAUUCUGUAAUAAGAAUGUCCGAAUGUAUUCAAUGUCACGCUACCUUUAUUACGGAGAACCAGCUCGAAGAUCAUAUGCAGACGUGUAAGAAAAAUACUUCGGAGUAUGAACCUUGCAAAAAACCUCAAAAAGUCAGAAAUAAAUUGGAGUGCCCAAAGAACGAGAAAGCUAGAGAAUACCAUUGCAAAGUUUGCGAUAAAGCGUUCAAAUACUCUAGUAAUUUAUACAGACACCAAAAGCUGCAUUUGACCGAAAGACCCUACCAAUGCACGAGAUGUAAUCGUAAAUUUCCUACAGUUUCCAGAUUGAAAAUGCAUGAAAACGAACACGACAAAGAAUAUUCUUACGAGUGUACUAUUUGUCAGAAAGCUUUCGUCAACAAUAGAAUAUUACGUGUUCAUUAUCGAAGGCACACUCAAGUGUUCCCCUUUCAAUGUGAUGUCUGCUGUAAGGGGUUUCCAGAUAAAAACUCCACAGCGAAACACAUGAGAGUUCAUACAGGUGAACGUCCAUUUUCCUGCGACGUGUGUAAAAAAACGUUCGCAGACCAGAGUAACUUUCUACGUCAUAAAAAGGCUCACGAGAAAAAUCAAAAAUCUACAAAAAAUGUCAGGCUUGAUUCUGUUCCGAAAAAAACUACGAAAACGAGUUCGUCGAAAGCCAAACUUCGAAUGGAGAUUGAUUACAGUUCAAUGACUUACAGCAAUGACAAUACAAAUAAUAAAGAGAGAUUCAUUCCUUCUUUCGAUCAUUUUCUAGCUGAAAAUUCAUUAAAAUUGAACGAUUGGGGAAACAACUUGAAAAACGAAAAAAAACAAAAUGUUGAGAAAAAAGACACGUCCUCUAAACCAUUUCUAAUGAGCUCCCUCCAAACCGAUGAAAAUGUGGUUGCAAUGCAACCUUGUUUGAUUAAUCGUCCUGCAAAACCUGUCCAUCAAAAUGAAGAAAAAACCAUCCCUUUAAUUUUAAAAUCAACAAAUACGCCAAAUUCUUUCGUUAUCGUUAAAAAAGAAAAUACUGCACCGGUUCCAAACGAUUCCUCAAAGGUUAUCGUAAUCAGAAGCAGGGCUAAAAAUAAAUCAAAAUUGAUCGUUGAAAAAUCACUCGAUACAGUGGUCAAAAAAGAACCACCCGAGUUACCUUCUCGAAAAGAAGAUUGUUCUACUAAACAAAACCAGCUACCAGAGCUGUAUUCUUGCGAAAAAAUGCCACCUCCAUCGCCGACUUCCGACUGCAUCGAUGUGGAAGAUCUGGUCGCUACGUUUACUCCAAUUAUCAGCUUCGAAGAGAUUGGCGAUCUGAACGAUUUAGUCAAUACGAAAAUAGAUCUGUGAAGAUAGGUGGUGGAGUAACUUAGUGUUUGAUUUUUUUGGUUUACUAAUUGCAUAAUUUUUUUAUCAACGUUUAACAGCGAUCUUUUUUUUAUUGUUAUAUAUUUAAAAAAAAUAUUUGUUUAACUAGUCAAAAUGUUUAAUUUUUUAUGUUAAAUGUUGAAUUAUGGGCGGUGUAUUCGAGAGAUGGCCAUGUAAAUACGUAACUCAUGCUAUUUUUAAUUUCUUCCUUCCAGUGAUGAAUCCGCUCAAUUUUUCUUUGUCCGAUAAAUUUUACGGUUUUAUUCGUAAUUUAAAUUUAUACAUCUUUCGAAUGCAUCUAAUUAUUAUUGAGUGUUGUUUUAUUUGAGUUGGUUUUAUUUUUCAGUUAUUUUAAAUUAAAUAAAUCAAAUUAAUAAUGGUGA